AUGUGGGGCGGCGGCGCGCAGUGUGUUCACGCCUCACUGCCGCGUAAUUCUCGCGCGCAGCCCGCUCCUACUCUCAGCGGCGCCAUCGCUAGCCGUCGCCCGCCCAGGCCAACGCCACCUUCUCCUACAUUAGUAGCCAAGAUUGACUCAUCAGUGGCAUGUCUUUGGCUACUGACACCCUUGUCUGCCGGUACAGCUGUAGUUGCAGUACUGGUUGCGGUUUCAACUAAUAACUGGUUGCAUACCGAAGAAAAUAUGUUGAACCCUUUAUACAACGGUACUGGAAAACAUGCUUUAGUGGCCAAACACACAGUAUCUGGACUUUGGAGAAUAUGUCAUACUGAACCGGGCAGUACGUUGUUUCGGUGUUUGGACAUCCCAUAUUUUCCUCUGUCGCAAUACACGCCAGAUCCAAGUGAUUCUACAAAUGCGAUUCCCUACGUAGUGACGCGCUCUGCUGCACCAUUACUUCUCGCUGUGUUCGCACAAGCGUUAGGAGCUUUGUGCUGUGUCCUGGGCCAUUGCGUCAAAGGCCGACGUUUAUGCACAUUUAUUGCUGGCGUGUUAUUCAUUAUUUCUGGAUUAAUAAUGCUGACCGGCAUUGUUAUGUACAUAUCGGUGUUCAAGUCACAAGUGGGUCACAAACUACGUUACAUGACAGUUUUUGAUACGCCGAGAAUGUCCUAUAGCUAUGGUUAUUCUUUUGGACUAUACAUAAGUGGAUUUGUGGCAGCCGAAUUAGCCGGCACGUCAGCAAUAUUUCUCUUUUUACAAUGGUAUCAAAAAGAUUGGAUAACAGAGUUAUGUGAGAAAGCAAAAGCAGACUGUCGUGCAUGGGAUCGUGAAUACGCCUUUACAGAAUUUAGAGAAAGGGAUUCAUCAUUACUGGAGAGGCGUAUGAUGAAAAGGGAUACCUAUCCACCAACAGGAUCUUCUGCGGCCACUCCGCACGAACGACGCCGAUUCAUAUAUGAGGGCGAUGAAUUGCCGCACUGCUCAAUACACAAAAACAGAAGAAUCAACUUGAGCUCUGCAUCUUUAAAAGACUUGUCAUCAUCUACGUUAUACGGAUUUCCUGCCGCUCCACGACCGACAGCUUGUGACAAUUAUUUUGAAGAAUUAAAGGAGAUUCCUCAGAGCGCAAAUACACUAAGUGGUUUGAGAAGCGCCUCGAUAUUCCAAUCACAAGCAUCAAUAGCUAGUGGUAGAUUCCUAGAUACUUCAGCAGUGGAACCACCUCCUUCAAGAGAGGAAGAACUGGUAACAUUCGGUACUGGAGCUCGUGCUGCAAACACUGCCGGUGACAAGCCUUCGCGUCACGAUCGCGCUGUUGGUACCGAUCCCUAUCGAAGAACAACGCCCGUUUGA